CAGAUAAUGGAUGCAGAGGGGAGAGGAUGCUCCUCCUCCAAGCUUCAUAACCCAGAGUCACACCGCUCCAGUCUGUCUGUGUCACACUGCUGAGACUGAGAAAGCCCAGAGGGCCUCAGAGAUGACGGCGAGCUAUAUAACAUUAACCCUGGAUUCUGAACAUCGACUGAUGACACAGGACAGCAAACACUACCAGGAGGCCCUGGAGAGUGUGGUGGAGAGGAAGUCAGUGAUGGAGGAUGAUGAAGACAAGGAACAGACUCUCUGUGCAGAGAAUCAGGAGGAAGACCACCUGAAGAAGCCUCGCAGAAAGGACACACCCGUCCUCAACUCUCCUCCACAUAUACCAGGAGUGAAACUGCUGAAGGUGGAGAAGCAAAUGGUCCACUUAGAGGAUGAGGAAAAGGAUGUCAAGAAUUAAUUUUUAUUUUGUUGUCAAAAUAUAUUUUUAUGUUCACAGUCUCAUUAAAUGUUGCUUUGACC